AUGCGCCGAGGUGGCAGGGGCGGGGCGUGCGAGGGAACGCGGCGAGGCGGGGCGCUGGUAGACGGACGUGGGGCCGGCGCGGCGCGCGUGGGAGCCGGGGAUGCGGGGCUGCUCGCGGGGUCCAGCCGGGGACACUCAGUCCUUUUCAAACACUUCAACAGGAAAGAGGACCUGAAGCACAGCCACUCUUCAAAUCCUGUAUCUAGAGUUGAAGUUUCUUCUUCUUUGACCAUGUCAGGAAAUUUCCCCUGUCCUUCUCUGCUGGGAACUCCAGAUUCUCGGCAGCUCUCUCUGCCUGUGGUGAGCAAUGCAGCUCCCUUCACAGGAAGCGUCUCUAACUCCUGCAGGGUCUCUGUUCCAGCUGUCAGCUCAGCGUGGCUACUUCCAUCAGACCCUGUCUCCUCUUUCCAGCCACUCCUGGGCAGUGCCUACCUUUACCAACCUUCUGACACAUCUCUGCAGUCUGCAGUUUGGGGCCAGAACCAGAUCCCCAUUGUAUCUUCCUCUUACCCAGGGAUUAUUGAAUGGAACCUCACAAGAAGCUCACAAAAGAAGUCCUCUUCACUUGGGGACUCCACUUUCACAAUCAUUGACCAAGACACAGCGAUGUCUUCCAUGCCAAUGACAAUUCAUUAUGACAAACCUUUAGACACCACUACCAUAGGUUCUCUGUACCCAUCACUACCUGUUAGUCUUGUCCAGGGGCCACCAAGUCAGGGACAUAGUUUCUCAGUUCCCCACCAGGAAGGCAUUCAGGUUUAUUAUUAUAAUCAGGGCACAGUGGGGCCCCUGCUCUCUGGAGACCUUGGUCCUUGCCUGCAAUCCUAUGGCACUGAGUUAUACACAGGAGACAGGGCCCCUGCUCCUCAACCAGAAAUGGCGCUGGUGCUAAAGGAGAUUCAGCCUGCCAAUGCCCUUCUACCAUCCUCUACUUCUGGAACUUACUACUCCUUCUCUGCUCAACCCAUCUCAGAAGCAAGAUUUCCAGGCCAACCAGCAGUGACCAACCCUGCUCGGCCCAGCAUCCUCCAGUCUGUUCCUCCGAAGCCUGCGGCCUACACAGCAGCAUCUGGUGCUGCUCUCCAGCGAGAUCCUGUGACCACUGUUGGGAGCAAGCUGCAGCCCCCACCUAAGCCUCAAAGCCAGUUCCUACUGGAAGACUUCAGCUUACAGCCCAUUCCAUGGAGGAAGCCCAACGUCCCCGAGCCCCUGAUGUCCAAGCCCAUCACCAAGGAGCAGAGGCCGGAGCGGGAGGCCAUGAAGAGGCGGGCUCAACAGGAGCGGGAGGAGGCUGCCAAGUACACGGCGCUGGGCAAAGUGCGGUUUUUCGCACAGAGGGAGAAAGGCAUGGAGAUUUCCCGCUUUUACGGUUAUGCCCUGUGA